CUCCUUUUCCCCUGGUUGCCGCCGCUCUUUUGCCCUUUUGGCCAAAGAUAUCGUGGAGAUUAAUAAAUGGGGUCGUUGAAGAGGAAGUCGGAAGGAGAAGAGGCAUCCUCGGAGUCUCCUCAGCCGCAGAAACAACACAAGGUAGAUGGCUUAGUCAUGGCGGAGGAAGCCGUGGGGUGUGUACAUGAAGUUUCAUACCCAGAUGGUUAUGUUCCUUCAACUUCCCCUACAGUUCCAGCUGACACUAAACCGGCCAAGGAAUUCCCUUUUAUUCUCGACCCUUUUCAGUCUGAAGCUAUCAAAUGCCUCGAUAAUGGCCAAUCUGUCAUGGUGUCAGCACAUACAUCAGCCGGGAAAACUGUAGUAGCGUUAUAUGCUAUUGCUAUGUCUUUGCGGAAUAACCAGCGGGUUAUAUAUACUUCACCUAUUAAGGCUCUCAGCAACCAAAAGUAUAGAGAGUUUAAAGAAGAGUUUUCUGAUGUUGGUUUGAUGACUGGAGACGUUACAAUUGACCCUAAUGCUUCUUGCUUGGUGAUGACCACGGAAAUCUGGCGUAGUAUGCAGUAUAAAGGGUCGGAGGUUGUUCGGGAGGUGGCAUGGAUUGUUUUUGAUGAAGUGCACUACAUGCGUGAUCGUGAAAGAGGUGUUGUGUGGGAAGAGAGUAUUGUUAUGGCACCAAAGAACUCUCGGUUUGUAUUUCUUUCAGCAACUGUGCCUAAUGCAAAGGAAUUUGCUGAUUGGGUGGCAAAGGUUCACAACCAACCAUGCCACAUUGUUUGCACCGAUUAUCGACCAACACCUCUUCAGCAUUAUAUUUUCCCUGCUGGAGGUGAUGGUCUAUUUUUGGUGGUAGAUGAGAAAGGAAAAUUUCGUGAGGAUAGCUUUCAGAAAGCUUUAAAUGCUCUAGUUCCUACAAGUGAGAGUAACAAGAAAAGAGAUAAUGGUAAAUCACAGAAGGGGUUAGUGAUGGGAAAAGUUAGUGAACAAAGUGACAUCUUUAAGUUGGUGAAAAUGAUCAUUCAGCGACAGUAUGACCCUGUGAUAAUUUUCAGCUUUAGCAAAAGGGAAUGUGAAUUUCUUGCAAUGCAGAUGGCAAAGAUGGAUUUAAAUGAUGAUGAUGAGAAAGGAAACAUAGAAACAAUCUUUUGGAGUGCCAUGGAUAUGCUUUCCGAUGAUGAUAAGAAGCUACCUCAGGUAUCAAACAUGUUACCCCUUUUGAAACGUGGAAUAGGUGUGCAUCAUUCUGGCUUGCUUCCCAUUCUAAAGGAAGUGAUUGAGAUAUUAUUUCAGGAAGGGCUGAUUAAGUGUUUGUUUGCCACAGAGACCUUCAGUAUUGGGUUAAACAUGCCUGCUAAAACUGUUGUGUUUACAAAUGUUCGUAAAUUUGAUGGGGACAAGUUUAGAUGGAUAUCUAGUGGAGAGUACAUACAAAUGAGUGGCCGUGCUGGUCGUCGAGGUAUUGAUGCACGUGGAAUAUGCAUUCUUAUGGUGGAUGAAAGGAUGGAACCAUCUACUGCUAAAACAAUGCUCAAGGGAAAUGCUGAUAGUUUGAACAGUGCCUUCCACCUAAGCUACAAUAUGCUAUUGAAUCAAUUGCGCUGUGAAGAUGCUGAUCCUGAAAGUAUGCUUCGUAAUUCGUUCUAUCAGUUUCAAGCUGAUCGUGCAAUUCCUGACCUUGAGAAACAAAUAAAGGUUCUGGAAGAAGAGAGGGAUUCCAUGAUAAUUGAAGAAGAAGAUAGUUUGAAGAAUUAUUACAAUCUGAUUCGGCAAUACAAAAGUUUGAAAAAUGAUGUUCGUGAUAUCGUGUUUUCUCCAAAGUAUUGCUUACCCUAUAUGAAAUCUGGCAGGCCAGUAUGUAUACAAUGCAUUGAUGAUGAAAAAUCGCUAUCUUUCUCCAUUGAGGACUGUGUUACCUGGGGUGUUUUAAUGGACUUCCAUAGAGUAAAAAGUGUUGUUGAAGAUGAUGCCAGCAGAAGGCCGGAAGAUGCAAGCUAUGCCCUUGAUAUUCUUACAAGAUGUGCUGUGAGCAAAGAUGGUUUUGGAAAGAAAAAAAUUAAGAUUGUCCCUUUGAAAGAGCCUGGGGAACCGCUUGUUGUUUCUGUGCCUCUCUCUCAGGUUAUCAGUCUAAGUAGUGCACGCUUGAACAUACCCAAAGAUCUUCUGCCAUUAGAAGCUCGAGAGAAUGCCUUGAAGAAGCUUUUAGAAUUUAUUUCUAGAUAUGCUAAUGGGAUGCCCCUGGAACCCGAAGAGAUGAAUAUACAAAGUAACUCGUACAAAAAGGCAGUCCGUAGGUUGGAGGCAUUAGAGAACCUGUUUGAAAAACAUGAAAUUGCAAAAUCCCCACUUAUUGAGCAAAAGCUUAAAGUUCUGAACAGAAAGGAAGAAUUGACAGCCAAGAUCAGGUCAAUUAAGAAAACAAUGCGUUCUUCCACUGAAUUGGCUUUUAAAGAUGAGCUUAAGGCCAGAAAACGGGUUCUAAGGAGGCUAGGAUAUAUUACGAAUGAUGAUGUUGUUGAGUUGAAGGGCAAGGUUGCUUGUGAGAUCAGUAGUGCUGAUGAGUUGACUCUGACAGAGCUAAUGUUCAGUGGGAUUUUUAAGGAUGUAAAGGCAGAAGAAAUGGUGUCUCUGCUCUCUUGUCUUGUUUGGCAGGAGAAGCUUCAGGAUGCUGCAAAGCCAAGGGAAGAACUUGAGUUGCUCUUUACACAACUACAAGAUACAGCACGAAGGACUGCAAAAGUUCAACUUGAGUGCAAGGUCCAAAUUGAUGUGGAAAGCUUUGUAAGUUCAUUUCGACCUGAUAUUAUGGAAGCUGUAUAUGCCUGGGCAAAAGGAUCCAAGUUCUAUGAGAUUAUGGAAAUUACUCAGGUCUUUGAGGGCAGCUUAAUCAGAGCUAUCAGAAGACUUGAAGAAGUUCUUCAGCAGCUUAUUUCAGCAGCCAAGUCUAUUGGAGAGACAGAGCUCGAGUCAAAAUUCGAAGAGGCUGUCUCUAAGAUUAAAAGAGACAUAGUAUUUGCAGCAUCUCUAUACUUGUAGUUCAGUUGCGGGGCAAGGAUCAAGGUAGUUCAAUCAAGAAGAUCAUUUCUGGUGGGAAAUUUUCCUUUUAUUCAGUAAGCUGAGUUAAAAAGCAAAUGUGAAUCAAGGGGAGGGAAGAUUACCUGCAAAGUGAUGCCCCAUGGGGCAUUUUCUCGGACGAUAGACGAAGAUGGAUGAAAUUCUAUGUUACGCAGUCUGCAACAUUUCUUGCCUUGUAAGUUAUUUCUCCCUCAACAUAUUUGCAUGCAGCAGCCUAUAACAAAAGUGUCCUAGAAUUCAGAGAGAGUAAGAUGCUAUAACUAUUCUUGACACAUGAUUGCUCACAAUCCCUAAUGUUAUAUUUACUCAUGUACCAUGCUGUACAAUAUUACAGUUGAGAAGUUUUUCUUUCUGCUUCAAGCUUCUUCUAUGCCAUUUUUGGUUGAGCUAACUUUUAGUGAAUUGAGAGCAUUACUUCACUACCCAAUUUUGCUGAUGUGAUAUUUUUUUAUAAUUAGUUGA